CUCUUCAAGUCANCUAAAUCCUUUGCUCCUCCAUCUCUGAUCAUACCAAUCCACGCUUUUUCGACGCCUCCACCGGUCCACCGCCACUGAACUCUUGGUUGAUCAAAUAAGCGAAAAGGGAGAACUAACUGCAAACAGAGAAAAUGUCUUUGGCCAAUGGAGUGAAGUCAUGCGCAAAGCUGCUGAAGUCUUCAGAAUCAUUGUUGGUGAAAUCAGCUAAUCGAGGGUUUCAUUCAACUGGUGUCAAGAGAAUGGGAGGACAUGCUCACGGACAUGACGAACCAUAUUAUUUGCACGCAAAGCAUAUGUACAACUUGGAUAGGAUGAAAAAUCAAAAGUUGACCAUGACGCUUGGAGUAUUUACUGCAUUCAGCAUUGGCGUGGCUGUUCCAAUCUAUGCAGUCAUCUUUCAGCAAAAGAAGACGGCCUCUGGAUGAUUGACCAAAGAAUGUGUGCUUCAUAGCAGGACAAUAAGAAGAUUCACGUUGCGUUUCAGUUCGUCUCCUUCGUUUUCUGAACUUUGUAUAAACCCUCAUUUCAAAAUGCACAGAAACUCAGAAUGUGGAUUCUGAUUUUGGCAAUAAGUCUUUUUCAUCAACAUCCCCAUUAUUUGACAUUUUUGUUCUAUUCUGUUACACUUUUAGUUUGUUCCCAACACUUACUUUCCAAUGAAUAUGAUAUUUAUGGUCGGAGGAGACGACUUGGUCUGUA